GAAAAACACUUAAAUUGUUGACAAUAUUAUUUGUUAUAUCAUUUGCUCAUUAGUAAAACAUUCAAACAACUGUACUGUACUGUACUAGACAUUCUGAUGAAACGGUGUCUUUUGAGUAUUUGGGCCCUGCUUUGGGUUUCAACAGCAUUUGCACUAGAAUAUCCUGGUACAAACAAUCGGCCCAUUCUAUCCGAAGAAGAAGCAAGCAGGUACACCAUAGAAAACUAUCUCUCUGGUUGGGAGCCUGAAGAAAUAGAAAUUCCCGAUCAGCCACACUACGUUGUAUCAGAAGGACAAUCGAUCCAAGCAGUGGUGAAUGAAGCCAUCCAAAGUGGUAGCAGUGCUUUCCGGACCUACAUCAAAAUUGAACCUGGACAUUACAUGGAAACUGUCUACAUCAAAGGAGACGUUCCGCUCACAAUCUAUGGCGACCCCGAUAGACCUGAAGAUGUGCACAUAAUGGCCAUUCUUAGUGCCCAAACCUCCGUUGCUGACUACCAAAUCACUGUAAAUGAAGACGGGGUCAACUACCAGGAAGGUGAUCCUGCCUGGGAACUCUAUAAAUCAUGCGCUAUCAAAGAGGAGGCUAUUGGAAUUGAAUGUUCAGCAGUAUUCUGGGUGCAAAGCAAUGACUUCCAACUGCAAGGCGUGACUAUACACAAUGGUGCCACUGAGGCUCAGGCUCUGGCUAUUAAAACAUCAGGUGACAAAAUUCAUCUCAUGAACAACAACUUUAUGAGUAUUCAAGACACUGUGGGCCUGGGAAUAGACGAAGGAGAAAAUGAAAAGGCUGAAAGAGUUCUGAUUCACAUGUGCUACAUCGAAGGUGAGCUCGAUUAUGUGAUUGGAGGCGCUUCCGCGGUUUUCAAUAUGGUUACUUUCAAUACUGUGGCUUCAGUUGAGAAGGAACAGUAUGUAAUAUUUAUGCCUGAUACCGCCCCUGGACGAACGUAUGGGUUUUUGGUCAUUAACAGUAACAUUACUGGAGAUGCUUCUUAUUUGCAAAGUAACGAAAUUCGUCUGGCGAGAUCUUGGGACAAAGGCGUCACUAGUCCACUGGAUUAUGUAGCGGGCGAAUCUCCCAAUGGCCAGCUGGUUAUUAGGGACUCAAAUAUUGAGAAUAUAAUUAAUGGAACGGCCCCAUACACAAUUGCAGGGGCCAGCAAACGCCCCUUUAGCACCGAUAUUAAGCCGGAUCGUGACCUGGACGACAACACCCACAACAGAUUAUGGGAAUAUAAUAAUCGCGGAAUUGGAGCUUAAAUGUUUAUAAAGAAUAAAAAAUUUACGAAAAUGUCUACUAUUAAACCAAAAGUUGUUCAACGGCUUUGAUUCCUUUGGAUCUAACAAUAAAAUAAAUUUUAAACAUAA